UGCGAUGAAAACAUAGCUAAUUUCUUUGAGGUGCCCCAAAAGGUUAAAAAGUAUCAAAUUCACCAGAAUUUUCCGUUGUGUUAUUAUAACAUGCUAAACGGCGAAUGCAAUCCUCACCAUCUCUUCUGCGAUGUCGAAUCACUAUGAAAUUCCAUCCUGGGCCGGAAAACCGCCUACUGGCUUACAUCUCGAUGUAAUGAAGGAGGACAAACUGAUCCAAAAACUGAUGAUCGACGAAAAACGUUGCUAUCUAUUUGGACGCAAUCCCCAGAUGAAUGAUUUCUGCAUAGACCAUGCUUCCUGUUCGCGCGUCCAUUCAGCAUUUGUAUAUCACAAACAUCUUCAUAUUGCUUAUUUAGUUGAUCUAGGCAGCACACACGGAACAUUCAUUGGCUCUGUCCGACUAGAGGCCAACAAGCCAACCCAGCUACAGAUCAACAGCCAGUUCAGUUUCGGCGCCUCGACACGCCACUACAUUCUUCGUGAACGGCCAACUGUCGGGUCGCGAACCAACAUUAUGGAAGAUAUUCCUAUGAUGGACACCAGCGACGGUACAUUUCUGGGACUUCCAGAAAGUCAAACCGAACUGGAUAACCUUACUGAAUAUAACACAGCACACAACCGCCGUAUUUCAAUGUUAGGAAUAUCCGACGAUACAAGCACUGGUGCUAGUGCAGGUGGCGGUGGUGGACCUGUCGGAAACAGCGGCAGCAACUACAAGAAAAACAAACGCAACAAGCGUAAAGGAGUUGCUUUUAAUGAGGACGAAAUAAUCAUAAAUCCCGAGGACAUUGAUCCUUCAAUCGGACGCUUCCGCAAUCUUAUUCAAUCGACCAUCGUUCCUGUGUCGGUACCAAAGCGUGCCAAAAUGGAAGUACAAAACAGUAUGGGCAUCGUCACCUCGCCGUCCGGUGGUUUGAAAACGGCCGUCUUCCACCACAUGACAGCGCACGGCCAGCACGGACAGUCGAAUAGUCUUGUAGCGCAGAGUCUUUAUCACGGUAUCGAUCCGGCGGAUGGCGGUGGUGGUGGACAUGGCUCGUCCACAGAUGCUCGGCACUUCGGAAGCUUCGACAUGGACACGACGCCAAGUGGUCUAACGACAAAGCUCGGAAUAUUGUUGCCCAACCCAGCGCCGGAUGUAAAUCCAACCCCGGUAGCUGUGCGAGACACACUAGCACCUGUUUUUGCCGUUCCGGGCUCAUCAACUUCUGGCGCCGGCAAAAGUGUGAAAAUAAGCGAGAAAGUGCCAGAAGCGCCGGACGAACCAAAAAAGAAAAAAUACGCCAAGGAACAGUGGCCCGGACGGAAGCCGCUCGGACUGGGUAGCUUUUAAAAUAAGUUUUAAACAAUAUUUGACGCUUUGAAAUGAACUAUCCUCAAGUCUCUACGUCCAUCAACAAGGCGUGGCAGAAAUAAAUCAGUGUGUGCACAAUGCAAUGAUAAACGUUGUGUGAGUAUUAAUU